AUGAGCACAAAGGACCAUAGCCCGACUCUCCAAGGAGGUCGGGGAGAAGGACCAGGAGCUCAAAGCGACCUCUCUGCAGGCCUUGCGAACAGAACAAGAGAGGAGGUGCCUGAGAAGCGAAGGCAAGCUUCGAAGUUGAACUCCAGCUACUUCAUAAAACUUCUUUUGGAGAAGAAAUAUGGUUUGCCAUAUCGUGUAGUCGAUGCUAUUGUUGCUCAUUUCAUGAGAUUUAUUGAGGAUACACGAGUAAUGCCUGUAAUUUGGCACCAGUCACUUCUUGCAUUUGUGCAGAGGUACAAGAAUGAACUGCGGAAGGAGGAUAAAGAUGACCUUAGAAUUCUGCUUAAAAGGCAAAAACAUAAAUUAGUUACGCCUGAAAUUAUCAGGGAGCUUGAUAGUAGCCGCAAUCGUGGUGAGAAGGAGGACAAUCUUAUGUUGAUUUCAAGACCUAUUUCUGUGAUCAAUAAAACAAUUGAGGAAGACAGGUUUGAUAUUCCAGAUGUACCUAUGGAGGAGGAUUGAAUAUCUACUACCGCUGAUGUGGUUGAUUGCUUGGUUUACAUCCUGGUGCUGUUCAGCAACUGAAAUUCUUAAAGAGACAGCUUCAGAUAUUAUUGUUUGAGGUACUGCAGUUUUGUUCUUGUAUGUAUGAAGGAUUCUCAAAGCAAGAGAUCCAGAUUAUAGUUGCAGAGAGCUUUGAAGUUCGGCGUAAUGCGAGUCAAAUGUUAUAUCUAUUUUCCACCAAAACCAGAGUGUUGUCUGUAAGAAA